AUGGCUGAACAAACAAAAAACAAAACAGCAACGGAAGAAAGUAUUGCUACAAUAAAAAGAAUGUUGAUUGGCAACGAAUCAAGUCGAUCUAUUGCAAAUGCAACAGAGUUAAUGCCAGAAGAACAUAAAUGCUCGACAACUACAAUCAAAAAAGAAUUAAAACAAAUGGGAUAUACCCGUAAAAGGCUUAAAUCGAUCGUUGUUGCAAGAAAUUCAGCUCAAGUAAUAGCAACAAGGUUUAUGUUUUGCAAUCAUGUUUCUUUUCUGCGAAAUUCAGAUCUGGUCUAUAUUGAUGAAACCGGGUUCAAUCUGCAUGAUUCACGACAUUAUGGAUAUGCAUUAUUAGGAAGCACCCCGUUUGUUACAGUGCCCACACAGAGAGGAAGAAAUGUUAGCCUAAUAUGCGCUAUUUCAGUUACAGGGUGUAUUGGAUUUAAACUAAAGAUUGGAGCUUUUAAUACCACUAGCAUGCACGGCUGGAUAGAACAAGAUUUAAGGCCAGUUUUAAGUGAUCGCAGAUAUGUUGUAGUAAUGGAUAAUGCGCGAUUUUACCAUUCAUCAAUAGUAGAAUCGGCAUUCCGAGAAAGUAGUUGUACUAUCCAGUUUUUACCACCUUACAGUCCUCAACUUAAUCCUAUCGAGGAGUUUUUUGGCGUGGUUAAAAAUUUAUUUAAAGGAACACAACCGCGGCCUAACAAUUCACAAGAAAUGAUUAGAAUUAUUACUGAGAUUUUUUCAGGUUUUACCGAAUAUUCUUUUGAGAAUUAUUAUUCUCACAUGCGUGAGUGGAUGUUAAAAGGAAUUCAACGUAAUGAAUUUAUUUGA